AUGGGCGUCGGAAACAAACGCACAAUCACAAAGACGAGGAGGAAGACCAGAGAUGUGGAUCAGAUCAAGGCAGACCUGAUAUCUUCAAGACAUCUCGCGCAAUUCAAAGACACCAAAGCGGCCGAGGACCUCCCAGGUCUCGGGAAGCACUACUGUAUUGAAUGUGCCAAGUGGUUUGACCGAGAGAGUACUUUGAAUGACCACAGGCGUGGCAAACCGCACAAGCGCAGACUCAAACAGCUCCGCGAAGAACCUAGUCCAGAUUCCCGAAAAAUCCCUGGGGCCGAUACAGAGUCGCAAAUGGAUAACCAGAGGCAUGGCGAUUUGAAAAAUGAUGCCUCUGGAGAUAGGGAAAUGGCCACAAAUAAGCUGCGGGCUCUGCCACCCGGCCCAGUUAUCCGCCCGAGAUACCUUUCCGACGGAAUCUAG